CAUAGUUGGCGCGUGUUACGUAAACCCCAACGCGGAAGUCCGACCAACUUUGUUGUCAUUGUUCUGUUCAAUCGACUGUAACCGGUGCACGUUUUACCCUGCUUCGUUUGUCAGGUGUCAAAAUGGUUGUUCUGUCCAAGGAGUACGGCUACGUAGUGUUGACUGGUGUUGCCAGUGUGAUCAUGGUGGGGCACUUGGCAUUUCAAGUAGGCAAAGCUCGCAAGAAGUACAACGUGCCGUACCCCAAGAUGUACAGUGAUGACAGUGAGGAGGGCACCAUUUUCAACUGUGUGCAGCGUGCACACCAAAACACUCUGGAGCUCUACCCUGCCUUCCUUUUCUGUCUGGUUGUUGGUGGCUUGCAGUGUCCUCGUCUCAGCAGUGGACUAGGUGCUGUGUGGAUCAUCAGCCGGGAGGUUUACGCGCAGGGCUAUUCAACAGGAGAUCCUAGAAAAAGAAUGCGCGGAGCUUUUGGGAAUGUGGCUCUCCUUGGGAUGAUCCUGACUACCGCCAGCUUUGGACACCACUUGCUGGGCUGGUCGCGACCCCAUUUGGGGUCUUGGUGCGAUAUGAAAAAAUGCUGUUGAAAGGCCUGCAGGAUGGGAGUAGCCAUACAAACACAUCAGCAACUUCACCUUUGCCAUAUUUCUUGCAGUGCCUGUUUUAUACUCAUAAAUACUGAAGUCACGAUAUGUGACCUGACUGGUUCUCCAUGUCAGGAGUGGCCUAACAUGGCACUCCCAAACCAUAAUUGUGUUUUUUUUCUAAAUAAAUGCAGCACUUGGCUUCA